AAGCAACCAACAUCUAUACUAAUAACAGUAGAGAGACACGUUAAAAGACGCUUAUAACCUAGAGUUUUACCGUUAAAAGUGUAUUUUUGCCAAUAAUUGGUGUAAACGAUGAAGACCGAAGUGUAUAAUGAAAUAGUAACAACAAUACGCAAUUUUCGAGGAUUGUCAAAAGAUUGCGCCAAAAUGCUAAAAGAAAAAUACAACGACAUUCAUCCAAACACAUUGUACAGCAUUUUGUCUUUAGAAAUGCAACAGAGAAUGAAAAUGAACCAUGCAAAACUAUUUGGAAGCAACAAAAGUUAUUAUGACAGCUAUUUAGAUGCGGUGCAAAAUAGAGAGCCAACUGGUGUUUUAUUAAGAAUGGCAAAAGAUGUUGAUGCUGCGCCAGCUUUAUUAGCACGUAACGUUCUGGAAAAAUACUGCAUGCGUGACAAUGCAAAUGUUUCAAAGAACGUAAUUACAAAGUUGUUCAAAGACACCACACUGAUUGAGGACAAAGAUCUUGCAUAUGAAAUUUAUUUGUGUGUAUUGUACGAUGAUCUUUACGGACCUAUAGCUGAUGCAAUGGGAAUGUGCAUAGGACAAGAAUAUGAGAUCAAACUGCAAGAAUGUUUAGUACAAAGAAACAUUGCGUUUCGUACUGAAGAACAUUUACGAUUAAGAGGAUAUGACAAGACUCCGGAUGUUAAGUUGGAAGUGCCAAUCGCGGUGAAUGGCUGUAUAAUAAAUUGGAUCGAAUCUAAAGCGCGAUUCGGUAACUUGGAAGUUCAUCAAAAAUACAUGAAGGAACAAUUUCUGAGCUAUUGGAACAGAUUCGGAUCUGGAUUGGUGAUUUAUUGGUACGGAUUUCUGGAAAGUCUGAACAAAUCGACCGAGAAAAAGUUUAUCAUAAUGGAUCAUUUUCCCGAGAACAUCACAUACAUGGAUCCCGCUUGUGUCAAGCCUGGGACUACCACGUGACUAUAAUCUGUGACACUCAUAUAUUUGUUUCUGUGAGAACGUUUAUGUUUUUUUUUUUAUGUUUUUAAUAAGACACACAUACGUAAAAUCUAA